AUAGCGCAGCUCGGUUGGACGGAGAGAAGGACAGCUGAAAUGAAGAGCGAGCGCUGGGAUGUGUAGGAGAGUGUGCGUGUAUGCAAGUGGAUAUAAUAUCACAUACCUGUCCCUGUCACUCUGGCUCUCCUUGUAGCUCUCGGCUGAAACCGAGAUAUCUUUUACCCAGUCGAAACGAGAAAAAAAAAACUUAAACUUUCUUCAGCACUGGGUUUAUUUUAUUACGAUAACAGCCGUUUGAGGAGUGUCGCUUUGAGUGGUUUAAGUGACAAAGGAGCACUGACAACGCUUGCCGAUACUUCACUACUGGACACAUUCAUUUCUUUAAUUUUUUUAUUUAUUUAUUUUUUCUAUAUUUGUGACCUUCGCUGAGGACGUUAUAUCUGCUUGCGAACCGUCCGUAAAUCGCUUGUGUUAUCCAUGACCUCUAUGAAGGACCCGUUGAGUUUGGACCACCAUCACCACAUUACCGGGAGCAAACACACGCCGCUUACGAUGGCCUCUAGUCUGCAACCGCUCCAGCGGUCUGUGGACUCGAAACACAGGCUGGAGGUUCACACGGUUUCAGACACCUCCAGUCCAGAGUCCGUAGAGAAAGAGAAAGGACAGAGUAAAAACGAAGAUUCGACUGAUGACCCAUCGAAAAAGAAGAGACAGAGGCGGCAACGAACGCAUUUUACUAGCCAACAGCUCCAAGAACUGGAGUCCACUUUUCAGCGGAAUCGCUAUCCGGACAUGUCCACCAGAGAGGAGAUCGCUGUUUGGACUAAUUUAACAGAGCCCAGAGUCAGAGUGUGGUUCAAGAAUCGACGGGCAAAAUGGAGAAAAAGGGAGAGGAACCAACAGGCAGAGCUGUGUAAAAACGGUUUCGGCCCUCAAUUCAACGGACUUAUGCAGCCCUACGAUGACAUGUAUCCCAGCUACACGUACAACAACUGGGCUGCAAAGGGGCUCACGUCGGCCUCUCUGUCUACCAAAAGCUUCCCCUUUUUCAAUUCCAUGAACGUCAAUCCGCUGUCUUCUCAGGCCAUGUUCUCCCCACCUAGCUCCAUCUCUUCAAUGAGCAUGCCCUCCAGUAUGGUUCCGUCUGCUGUCACCGGCGUGCCCGGAUCAAGUUUAAACAGCCUCAAUAACUUGAAUAACCUCAGCAACCCCUCUCUAAAUUCGGGGGUUCCCACGCCGGCGUGCCCUUACGCCCCACCGACACCUCCGUAUGUUUACCGGGACACUUGUAACUCCAGUCUUGCCAGCCUGAGACUGAAAGCCAAGCAGCACUCGAGUUUUGGAUACGCGAGCGUGCAGAAUCCGGUCUCCAAUCUCAGCGCUUGCCAGUACGCAGUGGAUAGACCGGUGUAAGAGACGAUUGUAGAAUUUACAAUCCCGAAUCCCAGGAACGAGAGACUACACUUUUUGUUUCAAGGGCACUAGAAGAAUAAACCACUGAAAUGCGUCCAAUCCUGUGAUGGAAUGUCAAGCGGGAACGGAAGACAAACGCGCCAUUUCUAAUAAGAUUUGUUCUCUACACUAGCAAGUGCACACUAGCCAGUGAAGAGUUUAGGAUACCAGAAUAAAAA